UAAAAUUUAGAUAUUUACAUAAUUGUGUUUUAAAUAUAUAUAAAAAUAUUUCUAAAUUGUGUUGUUGUUGUACUUUUCCAUUGACAUAAUUUUGGUAAGUGAAAUUUCUUAACUUUCAGGCAACUUCCCAAUCUGAUCAGAUUCCAAAGUUCGUAUCUUUUUCUCAAAUUUCUUUCCAAAAACCCUAGAAGAAAAAAAACCAAGGUCAUCUCUUCCGUCAACGGCCGAUUCUACUUCUACUUUGCCAUUAGCACAAGAGUUGGUGUUGGAUUCCUGGAGAGCAAAACAAAAGAUGUUGGAGAAGAUUGGGCUUCCAGGAAGGCCAUCACUUCGAGGGAACAGUUGGGUGGUGGAUGCUUCCCACUGUCAGGGAUGUUCUGCUCAGUUUACUUUCAUCAAUCGCAAGCAUCAUUGCCGAAGAUGUGGGGGUUUGUUCUGCAGUAGUUGCACCCAGCAAAGGAUGGUAUUACGUGGACAGGGCGAUUCACCUGUGCGUAUUUGUGAACCUUGCAAAACUCUAGAGGAGGCAGCACGGUUUGAACUCCGCCAUGGACACAGGAGCAGAGUUGGGAGAGGUAGUUUAAAAUCAACAUCAAAGUCCGAGAAUGAAGUCUCAAAUCAGAUUCUAAAUGAUGAAAAGAAGGAAGCUCUUGCAUCGGGACUUGGUUCAAGCAGUAAACAAUUGGUGUCUAGUCCUCAAGGAGCAGCAAGGUCAAAUACCGAAGUUUUCAAUUUGGACGGGGAGGGGGAAUUAUGUAGAAGUCAAUCUAUUGAUGAGUUUGGUUCUUCAUCGACCGAGAAGGAAGCUGCAAGUCCUGAUGAUUUGCGCCAGCAAGCUUUGGAUGAAAAGAAGAUGUAUAAGCAAUUAAAAGGAGAAGGGAAAUCUGAUGAAGCACUAAAAGCUUUUAAAAGAGGAAAGGAGCUUGAAAGGCAAGCUGAUGCGUUGGAGAAAAAUUUGAGAAAAAAUCGUAGAAAGGUUUUGCUUUCUGGGAAUGCCGAGGAGAUUCAGAUUAAAGAUGUUCUUGGUGAGUCUAGAAAAAGGAAUAGGGUUGGUCAUUCUGAGGGUAAAGAGAAAGAUGACCUUGCGGCCGAGCUUAGAGAACUUGGGUGGUCCGAUAUGGAUCUGCAUAGUGAAGACAAAAAAGUAACAAAUUUGACUUUGGAAGGUGAAUUCUCUUCUCUCUUAGGUGAAGUCUCAGUGAAGGGCGCCGGAAAAAGUAAGGGUGCUAAUUUGAUAGACAAAACUCAGGUUGUUGCACUUAAAAAGAAAGCACUUGCACUAAAGCGAGAAGGAAAAUUGGCGGAAGCAAAAGAAGAAUUAAAGAGAGCUAAAGUUUUAGAAAAGGAACUUGAAGAACAGGAACUUCUCGGUGAGGCUGAAGAUUCUGACGAUGACCUUUCGGCAUUGAUUCGUAGUAUGGAUAGCGAUAAACAAGAUCUAUAUUCUGAUCCAAUUGAGCAAGAACAUGGUUUUGAUUUUAACAGUCUUUUAGGUGCUGCUGAUGAUCAGAUUAUCGAUAGUAGUUUUGAUGUGACGGAAGAGGAUAUGGAAGACCCUGAGAUGGCUGCUGCUUUAAAAUCAUUAGGAUGGAGUGAAGAUUCUGUUAAUUCUGAUAUUUCAUUUGACAAGGAAGCGCUAUUAAGUGAAAUUCUAUCUUUGAAAAGAGAGGCUGUGAAUAAAAAACGAGCAGGUAAUGUUUCUGAGGCAAUGAAUCUGUUAAAGAAGGCAAAACUACUCGAAAGAGACCUUGAAGGCUUUGAGCCUCGAAAAGGAAACGUUGCCCAUGAACCUGCAAGAGUUCAAAAAGAUUCAAAUGAUCUAAAUGCUCAUGCAGCUAAAGACACAGAUUCCAAAAUCGCACCCAAGAGUAAGUUAAUGAUUCAAAAAGAGCUUUUGGGAUUGAAGAAGAAGGCUCUUGCGUUAAGGAGGGAAGGGCGGUUGGAUGAGUCUGAAGAAGAAUUAAAGAAAGGCAAGAUUCUUGAACAUCAACUUGAAGAAAUGGAAAAAGGUUUAAAUGUGAAGAAUAAGUCUGUGGCUGUUCAUACUAAGGGCCCGACUUCAGUUAAUGAGAAUCCCGAAGAUGAGAUGGAAGAUAACAUAUCUGAUCAAGAUAUGAAUGAUCCAACUUAUCUUUCACUUCUGAGGAAUUUGGGUUGGAAAGAUGAAGACAAUGACCUUUCACCAGAAUCCAAAGGAAGAAAUGCAAGUGGAUCCUCUGUACCUCAAGCUGCACCAGUCCAUGUUAAGGUACCGAAGAGAAGCAAAGCUGAAAUGCAGAGGGAGCUUUUGGGUUUGAAAAGAAAAGCCUUGGCUUUGAGGCGCCAAGGAGAGAGUGAGGAGGCAGAAGAAGUGUUGAGAAUGUCGAAAGCCUUGGAGGCACAGAUAGCCGAGAGUGAAUCACUAGGAAAAGAUUUUCAGCCCAAUAGUCAGGCAGAAGCUAUUACAAAAUCUCCGGUUGGAAUUGCUGAUGACGAAGCUGGUGAUGCAGUGGAUAUCACGGAAUCAGAUAUGCAUGACCCAGAGAUGCUAUCAGUUUUAAAGAAUUUGGGGUGGACUGAUGAUGAACAAGAUGCUGCAACGGUGCAUGAAAAACGAGAAGAUAACACGUCUCUUAUUCAAUCUUCUCCUCCACUUGCUGCUCCUGCUCGAAGAAGUAAAGGCGAGUUACAAAGGGAACUUUUGAAUUUGAAAAGAAAGUCACUUGCAUUGAGACGGAAGGGAGAAAUUGAAGAAGCGGAAGAAUUGCUGAGGAGUGCAAAGGUUUUAGAGAUUCAAAUCGAAGAACUGGAAGCCCCAAAACAGGCGCAUCUACAUGAAGCUUCAAAAGAUGAGAAACCUCAGAAAAAGAAUGAAAUUGGUGACUUAGAAAUAAGCAGGAGGAUGUCUCGAGAAACAUCCGGCCGUGUUGAUUUAUCGAUUGAUAAAAGUAGCAUGGGAAGUGAUUCUGCCAACCAUCCAUCACAGCUAAUUGUGGAAGACCAAAUGAUAUUAGGUGAAAUGGGAACACCGAACCACACGGGAUUAAAGGGUACUAGCAUUCAUCCGCAGAGUGAUUUGAUGAACUUGACAGAUUUCUUGACAGGAGAUGAUUGGAGUGGUUCCCAAAUGGCUAAUGAAAAACAAAUGGAUGGAUUAAAUGAUAGUUCUACGAGAGACACGACGAGAGGGCAUGAUAUAAAACAUGAAAAACGAGGAGUCGUUGAGAAACCACAUCCUCAUGGAUCAAAGUUUACUGAGCAACAUGCACCUGUGGCUAGAGAAGCUAGUGUUAGAAGUGAAAAACAAGAAAGUAGAGUUGCCAAAGAUGAGAAGCCGAAUUUUUCUGAUGCAGGUAGUGUCAAAGAACAUGCUUCUCAGAUCAAUGAAGCUACCCUUAAGCAAGACAUUUUGGCUCGUAAGAGAAAAGCACUUGCUUUAAAGAGAGAAGGGAAAUUAACAGAAGCUCGAGAGGAACUUCGACAAGCAAAGUUGUUGGAGAAGCAUCUCGAGACAGACAAUACCAAAUCGAUAGCAAAUCCAGCAGCUGAGUCAGUUUCUACACCUAGUGUUUCUCCCGUUGCCCAAAAAGAGCUCAGUACAUCAAACAAUGUGUCAAAACCAAAACCAAUUUCUAGCCGUGAACGCUUCAAGUUGCAACAGAAAUCCCUUGCUCACAAGCGUCAGGCUUUGAAGUUGCGAAGAGAGGGUAGGACUGAAGAAGCAGAUGCUGAGUUUGAAUUGGCUAAGGCACUGGAGACCCAAUUGGAGGAGUUGUCAGCGAACGAGUCCAUCAAUUCAGGUGUCGAUGGCUUAGAUACUGAUAAAGAUGUGGGUGUUGAGGAUUUUCUUGAUCCUCAACUUUUGUCUGCUUUAAAAGCAAUUGGAAUAGAAAACACGAACAUGUCGCCACAAGUUCCUGAUAAAAUACAGUCUUCGAAACCAAAUGUUGGCACGAGUAACAACUCUAACCAAGAAAGAAUUCAACUAGAAGAACAGGUAAAAGCCGAGAAGAUGAAGGCAUUGAAUUUGAAACGAUCGGGAAAGCAAGCAGAGGCCUUGGAUGCCCUUCGAAAGGCCAAACUUCUCGAAAAGAAGCUGAAUUCCUUUGCAUUGCAAUAAAGAGCUGCUGAGACUACAGUGACUCUAGCAAAUUGAGGUGACAAAAUCCAAGCCAUGAAACCAUCUCUUCCAUAAUAACAGUCUUAAUAAUUUUGGUAUGAAGUGUACUACUCUUUGUGAUGUUUAUACAUAUAUGUGUAUAUUAUAUACAUGAUAUCAGUAAAUGAAUUGCUUGAAUUCAGCAACAUUUCAUUGACUUAUGUAUUUGUGUGCAGUGUAUAUUAUAUUCAUGUAUCAUUUGGUGUAAUUGAUAUAGAGAAAUAUUGAAGGGUAUUACCACCAAAUAUCUUAUGUAUGACUUCAUAUUGUUACUUGUGUAAUUUAAAGUUUUUGCAUAUUUAAGUUUAA